GGUAACAUCAUAAAGGAGUGAAUUUCAGGAGAGAGUCCCAGAAUCACACAACUGUAGUUGAAUCUGAAGACUCGAUCAGACGAAACACAUCGACUGAGAGAAGCAGUUGUCUCAAGAGAAAGAGACUAUCUACUGAGAGAAGCAGUGAAUUUCUCUCCAAAAACCACGAAGCAUCGACAAGAAUUGACUAUCUCAGCAUCAUGUUAUCAUCAAGAACUUCCCAGUCAGAAGCCAUUAUGCCCGAGUUCAACGUCCGUCGCGUUGUUUCCAAGCUGCUCAACUCCUUCUUUAAGGGGAUGACGGCGGAUCAGUGGGGAUUUUUGAAAUCUGGCACCCCCGACGACGCCACUAUGACCAUGAUGGGAGAGUUGCUGUUGGACAUGACAGCGGCCUUGACAAAAGCUUUCCUGAAAUCUCUCGGGAGCAGGACCCUGGCGUCUGAGGACGACGUCCAAAUCAAUCUGGGCGACACCAUCUCUCAGGGUUUUGCCGAAGCUCUGGGCGUCGACGUCUCGGUUCAGUGUCCGAGCUCCAAAAGUUUGACUACAUUGAUUUCUGAAGAGGUUUCAGAGAGCGUCCGAAGUGCCCUCUCCUGCCCCGAAGGCAUAGUUCAGCGCCUCACUCCUCCCAGCAGACUCAACAACAUGAUUCUGCACGCCUGCAAAAUGUGCCAGGCGUUCAUCGGCAAGAUGAAGUCGGUGUUCUCGCCUCGACCGCGCAAGCAGAGGACCAUCUGCGAGGAAUCAGAUGUGGAACUGGAACCCUCAGACGACGAAGACCGCCAUGCGGCGACGCCUUUGUCGGACGUCGUGAUUGCGAUGAAAGACAUCACAUAUGUCAAAAUCAUCAUCAAGACGCAGUUGAACGACAUCACCGAACCUCUCUUGGUUGAUGUGCCAGACGCCGAGUACACGGUGCUGCAGUCUCAAAACUCUCGGGAGAUUGAAGACGUCGCAGAAGAAAUCGCUCGGAGUAUCGCCGAAGAUGCUAUAAGACCGACUCCGUCGGCGCAGAAGAGCAAACGCUCCAAGAAAAGCAUCGGAAGCAAAAUUAAGAAGCUUUUGGCAAAGUGCUUUGCCAAAACGUGCAUCCAUCGCAUCGUGGCACAGAUGAGGAAAAGAUUCCACCGGGGAUCCAAAGUUCAUAGCCGGGAGUCGGCAAAGUCUCUCACAAAGAAAAUUACCGAUCUGAUGAAACAACCAGAAAACCGCGAUCUUCUGGGACUCGGCGCUCCACUUGUAAACAUUCCCCCCGGUCGAGUCUUGGAGUUCACAAAGGUCUUAAGUGAUCUCCUCUACACACACAUCACACAUGGGCCAGAGAUCAUCCCCGAGCCGGUGAUACGUGCCAACAUGCGCGCCGACUUGCAGCGGAAGGUGCUCGGUUUCCUGUGUCUGGCCAGAUGGUGGCAGAUCUUUCAGUCCGACAACCUCGUCGACAAUAUGAGACACGCCAUACUGGGGACUAAGCCCAGGGCCAAGAAACCUUUGGCAAUCGCUGCACCGCCUGCCCCGCCUGCCCCGCCUGCCCCGCCUGCCCCGCCUGCCCCGCCUGCCCCGGUAUCCGUGACGAAGAGUCGUGAUGACUCUGCAAGGCGAGCGCGGAACGAACAAAAAAAAAACUGCGUUGAGUUGAUCUUGGAGCGGCUGGUCACGCGGAUCUUCAAGAAGGCAAAAGUGACCUGGACCCUUUCAAACGUCCAUGACAUCAUCCAGCGCCUUGUUGAACAAACGUGGGCCGAAGUCGAGGGUCUCGAUUUUGAUUCCAGCCCAGAAACAUGGGAAAACCUCGAAAAGGCCAUUUACCGGGACCUGAUUAAGACAUGGGGCAAUGCGAUGUGGGUGCUGGUGUCCUUUAAAGGGGGUCAACCGGCAGUCGGAGAGCGUAUCGCCUCCGCCGUCAAAGGUCACCUGAUGGCACCACCGAGACAGAGGUGCUGCAUGGUAUGCAGGUGCUUCUCUUCUAUGCUCACCGCCAUGACGAGGUGGUAAAGCGGUUUAUGGGUUUUCUCCGGGAGCUCCGGUUUAUCCCACAUAUAGUGAAUAAUUGGACUUAUUCUAUAGAUAAAAAACGUCUUCAAUGUGUCAUUCAUCUUGAAGGAAAAAUUUACUUUUUCCUUCAAGAUGAAUGACACAUUGACAAGCCCUCGUAUUCAUUCUGAAGGAAAAAUUGACUUUUUCCUUCAGAAUGAAUGCGAGGGCUUGAGCUCUCAGCGCCACCUCAGUAGUUAGUGUUGUCUACUGUUGUGUUACGCACGGGUUCGAUCUGGGCGAUCCAGUUCUCCCACAAUCAGUGCAUAAUAAUGAACAUCUAAUUAAAUACAAUAAAUAAUAAUAAAAAUAAAUCAUAUUCAUUCA